CUCUAAACUUUGUCCACAACCUGUUUAAGUUUUCUUUAGUUUAUUUACUAUUUAUUUUUUCGUUUAAACUGCUAAAACUAACAAUAAUAUAAAUGGCUCGUUACUUUAAAGAACAGGACAUCGAUGAAUUCCGUGAGUGCUUUUAUCUAUUUGCUCGCUCGGGCCAAAUUAACAACUUAGACGAGUUAACGGUUAUUAUGCGCUCUUUGGGUUUGUCGCCCACAAUUCAAGAAUUGGUGUCGUAUCUAAAGCAAAAGAAUGGUAAAAUGAGCUUCGCUGACUUCCUGGAUAUCAUGCACCAGCACUCCUCAGUGGAGAAUCUUCCAGGCGAAGUGAUUGCCGCAUUCAAAGCAGCUGAUCCACAAAACAAGGGCACCAUAUCGGCAAGACAGCUACGCAAUUUGCUGCAAAACUGGGGAGAAGGUCUGUCCGUGCGUGAGGUGGAUAAUAUCUUCAGGGAAGCUAAUGUUAAUAAUCAUAGCACCGUACGCUAUGCUGACUUUGUGAAAAUAGCAUGUGCACCAGUGCCGGACUAUUAUUAGCCCAAGAAACACCCAUACUUCACAUUCCAGCAAUUAUUUAAAACAUGCAUGCAAAGUGCAAUAAAGUUCACAAUCAGUUUUAUGGAAA